UCAUGUGACUGAUGACUAAGUGAAUUUUUUCUGCUUACUGAAAGGGAAGAGCCUGAGGAUGAGUUACUGAUUCUCCUUGCAUUUCUAAAGUUUUGGAGAUAUUAAAUCAUGUUUCCACUUAUGCUCUUUUCCAUGCUGUUUUCUUCCACAUGUACUGAACCCAGGGAGCCCCACUGGAUCUGCAACUCCUCUGAUUUGACCUUUUGGUACACUUAUUGCGAUCACAUGGAAUAUCCGAUUUUGAUAAAAACUGAACCCUGUAUACAAUUGAUGGGAAGCAAAGGAUAUUUGCAUAUUUUCUACAUUCCAAGAAGAGAUAUAAAAAAAUUAUAUUUCAAUCUAUAUUUAUCCUAUAACUCCUUAAAUUUUCCGGUGCGCCAAGAAGUUGUUUGCCGAGGAUCUGAUGAUGAGUUUUCUUUUUGUAGAGCUCUAAAGGGAGAGACUGUGAAUACAACAGUGUCAUUCUCCUUCAGGGGCAUACGAUUCUCUAAGGGACGGUACCAAUGUGUUGUGGAAGCCAUCACUGGGAAUACUGGAGAAAUGCUCUUCUGUUUGAAUUUUACCAUCAUACACUACUCUGGUUUCAAUUAGAAUAAAUCGAGUAUAUUUUUAUUUUU